UCCCAGAAAGCCUUUCGUUCCGCGCGCAGGUUCUCAGAGGGUGGACGAAGGGGAGAGGAGACGGUGGAAUGAGUUGUAGCGGAGAAAUAUGACCUUUUCAAGUAUAAUUUUAUUCCUGUUUCUUCCGGUAUCCAGUGUAGCUUUUUUCUGACCUCGGACCGACCUCCUCCGCGGGACAUUCGGGGAGAAAAAAGCCUCUGAAAAGGCGCUUCCUUCGGACCGGAGCCGUCGACACUUUGAUACCCGUUAGAAUGCCGCGGGACAACAAACCCCCCCUCAUCCAGAGAAUAGCCAAGCAGGCAAACGUGGCCUUCAGGGGCAUGAAGACGUCGCCCAACGGGGACAACCGAGCGGCGGCGGACAAGCUGCUCUCCCUGGUGACCUCCGUCAGGGCCGCGGACCUGAAGCUCGAUCCCCGCAGGAGCAAGGGCGGCUCCGGGGCGGCGGGGCUCCAGAGCCCCCCGGUCACGUACAUGCACAUCUGCGAGACGGAGGCGUUCAGCAUGGGGGUGUUCCUGCUGCGGCCCGGCGCCUCCAUCCCGCUGCACGACCACCCGGGCAUGAACGGGAUGCUGAAGGUCCUCUACGGGAAGUUGAACGUCCGAUGUUUCGACAAGCUUGAGGGCGGCUCCACCAAGAGCGGCGCGUCUCCUCCCUUCGACCCUCCCCUGGAGCCGCGGCAGAGGGCCUCCGUGUGGCGCUCGGCGCUCCGCUCAGUCGCCCAGUACUCCGAGGAGAGCGGGCCAUGUCUCCUCACGCCGCUUCGGGACAACCUCCACCAGAUCGACGCCGUCGACGGGCCCGUGGCUUUUCUGGAUAUCCUGGCCCCUCCCUACAAUCCAGACGAUGGGAGGGACUGUCACUAUUACAAACUGCUGCAGACGGCGGCGGAAGACGGGACUGUGGCGAAGGGAGGCCAGAAGGAGAAGGACGAGGAGGUGUGGCUGCUAGAAAUCCCUCAGCCAGAGGACUUCUGGUGUGGCGGGGAGCCGUACCCUGGCCCUGCCGUCGUGAUCUGAGGCACAGCUCGCCUUCCCUGUGGGGCGAGGUCCUCCGAUAUCUGUCCAUUCACGUGGGGAGAUGCAGCUUUGCACCCCCCCCCACAGGGAAGCAGAGAUCACCUGGAAGCCAAACGGACGGAAAGCCUCGUCUGAAGGCUCUACUUCAGGGUUGCGCCCCCCUCCCAGACUGCAUCAGACACAUGUUGCUGCCUUCUACACAAUGAAUGUUAUCAGCCUGAUGGUGAGGGACCUUCAGCUUCUCUGCUGUGCUUCGUCGUGGCUGCAGAGGCCCUCCUCAUCGUCACGUGUCUUAAUGCCGAAGCCUGGAGCUGAACUCCAGCUGCCUUAAUGUUUGAAAGAGAUUUUUUUAGCAUUAUUGGUGUUCACACUACGUAAUACUUAUAUAUGCACACAUACUUUAUCCCUUUGUCUUAACCUGCACCACAGUAUUAUCUAACCGUGAUCAUAUCUCUGAUUCAGACGGGCCGUUUGACACAUUCCCAUCCGGAUAAAGCCGGGUCGCUGUCUUCUAGCAGAGUUUGGCCACGAUGGCAGCUUCACAACAGGAAGUACUGGCGGGUUUUUCUGUCCAGUCGAUCCCUUCCGAGCCUCGUUUCUGUAACUUCCUGAACGGACGGCGGCCUCCAGUAACUGGAACUCAUGGAACUGACUCUAGACGUGAUUUUCAGAGAAAACUCUGCUCCUGUUGAAGCCUCGUCCCAAACCCAAAUGUGCUUCAGACGUCGACAAAGCCCUGCUUCAUCACUGUACGGCCCCGGUCAUGUCACUGUACGUCAGCUGAGAUUCUUCACAUGUUACACUGCACAAGCUUCUGUGUCAGAAGGAUAUGUUUAUUCAUCUUUUGUCUCUCACAUUCAGAUUGUCAGCUCUGAUAACGUCUCGGUUUCCCGUCUAAAGCCUCCUGUGGUGAAAGAAAUAAAAGAAUCUGACAGAAAUGUUUCUUAGAA